AUGAUACUCUCCUACAUUAUGCAGCCAUGUUGUAUAAGCUUAGCCAUUACACCUGCAAAUUCAAAUUUGGCAAACUCAGAUGCACUUCAAAUGGCUGGGAUUGCUGAUCCUGAUGGUGUUGUCAAUCGUUGUCAAGAGCUUAUGGUGUUCAUCAAGAAUAUGUAUUUCAUCAAGAAUAUGGUGAAUGUGCGGACUCAUACUGCAACUGUGGCCCCUAAACUUGAACAUCAUGAAUUUAUAAAGGAAUUGAAGCAAAAAAAGAAGUUUGUUUUGGACUAUGGAGCUGUUCAAGCAGAUGCUUUAACAGUGGAUCGGCUCGCCUCCUUGGAAAAGUAUAAUGAGACAACUGUUGCAACUUGUACUUCUGUUUUGGCUACAGAAGUUGAGAGGAUCAACUCCAUCAAGGCAUACUUAUUGACAGGGAAAAUUGUAGAAAAACUAACAGAAGCUAAUUUGAGAGACUGCAACCAUUUAAAGGAACUUAUCUAUGUGUCAGAAGGGGGAUAAAUGAGACCACUAGCUUAGAAGAAAAUAACGAAAAAAUUCAUAUGAUGAGGCUGUUGUGCUAUUUUUCAUUUUAUUUUGAUAAAUCAAUAAAUUAUAGCAUGAUGCUAUGGUUUAUUUCCUUUACAGCAAUGUAUUUUCACUUAUACUAUUG